GCUUUUUCCUCUCUUCCAUAUACUUUCUUUGAUUACACAUUAUUCCUUUAUUCCAUUGAAGAAUGCUUAUUUUAUCAAUUUUCAUCAUCUUGACUAUUGAUUGCUCUUCAGUAACCUGUAUUUUGUAGGUGUUAUAUUAUUUUUAUGGUUUCCACUAAGCUCAGUUAUUUAUUUAGUUCAAAACUAAAAACAAAGAAUAAAAAAUUUCAUAUACAGGUUAGUAAUAUAGUGAAAACAUUCUUCCAGAUCUUCCAGUUUAAUAAAAAGAAUGUGGGAAUACAAAAAGGAUGAUGAUUUUGGAUGGCUACUUGAAGAUUUGAUACAAAAAGUGUUGUUUGAUGCGAAAUGUUUAACAAUUAUUUCUGACAGGUUUUAUAAUGAUAUGUUUACAACUAAAAUGUUUCAGAAAUUAUCUGCCAUUCCAAUCUUUGUGAUUUUGAUAGGAGAGAAUGAAGAUUUACUCUCACCGAACUAUAAGACAUUAUCAGUUAUUUUGCAGGCAAGGCGAAAAGGUUGUGAUGUAUACAUUAUUUUGAUAGCAAAUGCAGAUGAAACUAUCCGAUUUCUCAGAUUUGGAGAUAGGCAUAGGGUUAUUGACACAAGAGCUAGAUUUUUUUUGUUACAUGACGUAAGAUUAUAUCAUAAAGAUUAUUAUUAUUUGUGGAAAAAAAUUGUGAAUGUGAUUUUCAUUCGAAAAUUUUUUGAGGUAAACAGAUAUGAACUCAUGACUGUCCCCUUUCCAUCUCCCAUAGAACAUAGUUGGAAGCCUAUGAGAAUUGAUUCUUGGAAAUAUGGAAAAUACCAGAAAAAUAAUGAACUUUUUAUUGAUAAGACAUCAGAUUUAAGAGGUGAAAUUGUUCAUGUUGCUGUCUUUGAGUAUAUGCCUUCAGUAUUGAAGAAAGUAGCUGAAGAUGAUCAAAAUGGAAAUGUCAUGGCUGGGGAUUCUAUGCCAAUUGAAUAUAGUGGCCUGGAAGUCUUGAUACUUGAAAGCUUAUCUCAUGCUAUGAACUUUCAGAUAUUAAUAUAUGAACCGACUAACAGUAAAACAGAAGCUUGGGGAAAACAACAAUUGAAUGGAAGUUAUACAGGCCUCUUGGGAGAAAUGGUUUCUGGCAGAGCUGAUUUCGCACUUGGAAAUUUUCUUUAUACACCAAAAAAUAUAAAACUUCUUGACCUUAGUAUACCAUAUAUUACUCAAUGCUUUACAUUUUUGACUCCCGAAUCAACCACAGACAAUACAUGGAAAACUUUAAUAUUACCGUUUAAAAAGUUUAUGUGGAUAGGUGUUAUGCUAACACUGGCUGUUAGUAGUUUGGUAUUUUAUGUGCUGGCUAACUUCCAUAAACACUAUGAAAAUGGGAGAACUAACAUAAUUCCCAAGUGUAUUUUUGGGAAAACAUUAAGGAUCUGGCCAAAAAAAAAUAAACUGUCACCUAAAUUAUUACCAUUGAAUGUCAAAAGAGAAAUACCCCCAGGUUUAUAUUUGUUUGAUGGAAUUGGAAGUAGUUUAAUAAACGCCUAUAGCAUGCUUCUUUUAGUGUCAUUGCCAAAAAUGCCUUCUGGAUGGUCAUUAAGAAUGUUAACUGGAUGGUGGUGGCUUUAUUGCAUUCUUGUAACAGUUGCAUACAGAGCCAGCAUGACAGCAAUAUUAGCUAAUCCAGCCCAACGUGUAACUAUUAACACAUUAGAGGAGCUAGCUUCAAGCCCAAUCUCAUGUGGAGGCUGGGGUGAACAAAAUAAGGAAUUCUUCACUACAUCAUUAGAUUCAGCGGGUCAAAGGGUUGGCCAUAAAUUUGAAGUUGUUUAUGACAGUAAUGUGAGCAUAAGUAGAGUUGCUCAGGGUAACUUUGCUUAUUAUGAAAACAUAUACUUCCUUCAUUAUGCUAAAGUGACACAGAAAUCAAUGACAGUAUUCGAAAAUGACACUAUAGAAAACAAUUCUCAUAAUUUAGAAGGCAAAAAGGAUUUACAUAUUAUGAGUGACUGUGUCAUCAAUAUGCCAAUUUCUUUAGGACUACAAAAGAAUUCACCUUUAAAACCCAGGGUAGAUAAGUUUUUGCAAAGAGUGAUUGAAGCCGGAUUGGUAAAAAAGUGGUUGGCUGAUGUAAUGUUAACUACUGUAGUAGCAGAAGCACCAUUUGAAAAAAACAAUAUUAAUGCUGUUAUGGACUUGAAAAAAUUUGUUGGUGCAUUAGUAGCAUUAGGAAUUGGAUAUGGAUUAGGUAUUAUUUCACUUAUUAUUGAAAAUGUUUAUUGGUAUUAUGUAGUACAAAAGAAUCCACUAUUUGAUAGAUAUAGACAGGAUUGUAAUAGAAAAUGUUAAUAAAAAGAAAUUAUAUAAGACCAAAUCAUGAAUUUAUAAAAUUUAAUUAUCGCAAAUUAGUCAAUUUAAAGAUAUUUUAAUAGCUAAGUAAGAAGAAAAUAUUAGUUGUUAAAUAGUUUGUUAUUAGAAUAAUUUAUAACUGAUUGCUGCUUCCAAUACAAGAACACUGAUGUUCUGACUCAACACUCUUGGCCACAACAGCCCCACAUUUAGAUAUAUAUCUGUUUUAGUUCUACAAAGAUCCUUUUGGACAUGAUGGACUUUAAGACAGUUUAGUCAUUUAGAAAAUAUAACACGUCAACACAAAAGAUGAUUAUACCAUAGUCCAGCAUUUUAUUAGAAAGGAAUAAAAAUAAAUUGUAGCAAUACUUAAUCAUUUAU